AUGGCUACCUCCGGCCUCGAUUCCCGUGCCCAAACAGGCUUCACCAAAAGUGCCGCGUAUGAUUCUCACCGCCCAACGUACUCUGCGAGUAUUGUGGACUUCCUCCUCGAGCAAUUGCGUGUCGCUGGCAAAGAACAUGCCACCAUCGUGGAUGUCGCCGCCGGCACGGGAAAGUUCACUGAAGCGCUCGCCGCAAGGGAUGAGAAGUUCCGCAUUAUUGCUGUAGAGCCGCACGCYGACAUGAGGGAUGUCCUGGCGAAGAAGCAGUUGGAUGGUGUUACUGUUGUUGACGGACUAGCGGGUUCCAUGCCAACUAUUGACGAUGAGAGCGUAGAUGCUGUCACUGUUGCACAGGGCUUCCACUGGUUCGCGAAUCUCGAUUCUUUCAGAGAGAUUCAUCGUGUGCUCAAACCACAUGGUGUGCUAGGUCUAGUGUGGAACAUUGAAGACUACAAUGCCCCUCGUGAUCACAAAGCUUCCACACCAUGGGAAGCUGUAGCACAAGAUCUCACCUUCAGCGUUGCCGAAGAGUCGGGCGAUGUAGCUCCUCGCUUCCGCCACGGACAGUGGCGGAAAGUCUUUGACGAGCAGAUCAAGAAGACUCCAAUGUCGAUUCUCAUAGCCAGCGACGAUCAGAUGUUCUCGCUUCCCAUUGGUGAGCAUACCGAGCCUUUCGAGAUUGCGUUGUCGAAGGAGAAGGCGUGGGACAGGUAUUGUACGCUCGGGCAUAUUGCUGCGCUUGAGGGAGAAAGACUAGAGCGCACCAAGAAGACGUUCAUGGAUGCCAUCAGCGGCCCGGACGUGGAAAAGAAUGCAGACGGCCAUGUCAUCGUUCACGGCAAGACACAUGCUUUUUGGUCGAGUAAGAUUCCCGCAGAGGGUCGACGUGGUCUUACCAAGGUUGAGCAUGCCGAGGAGUGA